AUGAUGAGGGCUACUACGCGACUGAAUCGCCUCUACGUCUCACACCUCCAGGGAUGUCCAGUAUCAUGCCUUGCAGCGGAUGAUAUUGAAGCAGAUGUUGAUAUCUACAGAUCAGGAGGGGCGGAUGUAUGCCCUCUGACAGAUCCUUGCUUUCUGGUGCCGGCCGUGUUGAAUUGUCUCAGAGAAUCUACUCAAUACCGGAAGAUAACGGAGGUUGUGCCAGGUGAAGCCGACCACUUUUGCGCAGCUAAUGUCUCAAAGUACGGUGGUGUCUUGAUCACGUCUGACUCUGAUUUGCUUGUACACAAUCUUGGGGAAGGACAAGUCGCUUUCUUCCGAGACUUACACGCCGAAUCCGGACACUGCUUCAAGUUUCUAAGCUUUGCACCCAGGCAGAUAUUUGACAAGGUUGGCUUGGCGUACCCCGAAAAAGCAAUACAACUGGCAUAUGAACGCAAAAUGGUCCCUCAGGCAACUCUUUCACGAUUAAUCGAUAUUUGCUCGAAACCAGCACCACUAUCUGCUGAUUAUAUUGAAUUUGUAGAAAACUAUACUACAUCUGAGGAAGUUGUUUGCUUGCAGAAAGUUGGAUUGGAAGUACCUAAUCUGAACGAUUUGGAUCCCAGAGUGUCUGAGCUUGUCCUGGAAUUUUACUCAAGACGCUCCGGCAUGUCUAUGAACUCCUCGAUCAGGAUGUUUCUGCCUCCGUUGACGGAAUGUCCAGGUCUGAGAAGCGCCUGGGACAAAAGCACCCCAAUACGUCAACUUGCAUAUUCUAUUGGAAGCCAUAUUCUUCCUCGAAAUGACGGAUGCCUUCAAGUUCGGGAAUUUAGGCGGGUCGAGAGCAUCUCGCAUGCUGGUCGUCAAGUAAGGCUUUUGCCUACCAAUCUCAUGCGAGAGUAUUUGGACGAUAUUUUAUCAUGCGCAGAGUGUUGCGGGGCUGAUAUCCAGCGUGAUGGUAUUAAAUUUUGGGUUUUUUUGGCAAUGGCUCUGGACAAGUUGGAAUCCAUUCGGAAAGGGGAAGAAACGCUCACGGAGACUAUUGACAAAUACUUUGUCGGCCUGACCGCAAAAUCGGGGGAUACCAGUGUGGCAUGGGGUAUUGUCCACAUUGCAGCACAGAUGCAGGGGACGCUGUACUCACUUCGCGUCCUUCAGCAAAUGUUACGCUCGGUAUUCAGUCCCGAAAUAGAUGAAGCCCUUCCAGAGGUUACAGGACUAUACACAAUGCUGUCCGAAUUGAUACCCGUGGAACUCUACCCUUGUACAACUGAUCUCCUUAGAAUCGCACGAGAACUUCAGAAAAGCAGAUCACUGUAUGCCCUCGAUGCAUUUUUGACUAAAAAGUUCUGCGGGAAUGAAUCUCUUGACAACGAGGGUGAGGAGAUCGAAUCAACUCUGACUGAUGACUCCGAGUCCGCUUUGUCUGCUAAGAGCGGCACAAACACGAACAACGAUGAGAAUAAUCCCUUUAGCGUUUUGAGCUUGGAAGGUUAG